AUGGGUUCCAAAGUGGGAUCGUUUCGACCACCGGAAAUCCUUCAUUUACGGUCUUCAUGUCAACAAAUUCACGCCAUAUUCUACGUUUUGAUUCUGGUGAAAAUAUCUACUGUAUUUACUAGUUAUGGUGAAAACGGGCAUGAAUCGUCAUGCAUGAAGCACUUCGCCUCUAGCCGGUACAUGGCUUGGUUGGCUUUACAACCGACUGCGUACGCAAUGAGCCGCUGUGUAAUCGCCUUCGGCGGCGGCUACUCCGGCGCAGAACUCGUCCUCUCGUCCGUGUUCGCGUCAUCUUAG